GCGGAGGAGUCGGCGAAGGAGGAGGAGGGAGAGCCCCGUGCAACGUUGGGACUUGGCAGCCCGCCUCCCCCUGCCCAAGGAUAUUUAAUUUGCCUCGGGAAUCGCUACUUCCAGAGGGGAACUCAGGAGGGAAGGCGCGCGCGACUGGAGGGGCCACGCGGGGACCCGGCCGCCGCUCCCUCCCCGCGCGGGACCUCGGCGGAGGCGGAGAGGGAUGCGUCCUCGCUGCUUCUCGGCUGUGGCGGCCGAGGGGAGACUUGGCUCUUAGAGGAUCGCGGCUGCGCUCGCCCCGGGCGCACUGCCUCCCCCUCGGGCUUGAAACGCCCGUGAACUCCGACCGGGCUCUUCCCUGGCGCAGCCACCGCGUCCUCCUCGGGCGGCCCCUCCCUCUCCAGCGCGGGGGGCGGCGUGGAUUUCGGAGUCGGGGUUUCUGCUGCCUCCAGCCCUGUUUGCAUGUGCGGGGCUGCGGCGAGGAGCCUCCGUCCCCCACCCAGUUGUUUUUCGGCGCCUCCCUCUGCUCCGCGGCGGCGGCGGCAGCAUGGCGAGCCCUCCAGAUACCGAUGGCUUCUCGGACGUGCGCAAGGUUGGCUACCUGCGCAAACCCAAGAGCAUGCACAAGCGCUUCUUCGUGCUGCGGGCUGCCAGCGAGGCCGGGGGCCCGGCGCGCCUGGAGUACUACGAGAAUGAGAAGAAGUGGCGGCACAAGUCGAGCGCCCCCAAACGCUCUAUCCCCCUGGAGACCUGCUUCAACAUCAACAAGCGGGCUGACUCCAAGAACAAGCACCUGGUGGCUCUCUACACCCGGGACGAGCACUUUGCCAUUGCGGCGGACAGCGAGGCCGAGCAAGACAGCUGGUACCAGGCUCUCCUGCAGCUGCACAACCGAGCCAAGGGCCACCACGAUGGGGCCGCAGUCCCCGGGGCCGGAGGCGGCGGGGGCAGCUGCAGCGGCAGCUCUGGCGUUGGCGAGGCCGGGGAGGACCUGAGCUACGGAGAUGUGCCCCCCGGACCUGCGUUCAAGGAGGUCUGGCAGGUGAUCCUGAAACCCAAGGGCUUGGGUCAGACAAAGAACCUGAUCGGCAUCUACCGCCUCUGCCUGACCAGCAAGACCAUCAGCUUCGUGAAGCUGAACUCGGAGGCGGCGGCCGUGGUGCUGCAGCUGAUGAACAUCAGGCGCUGCGGCCACUCAGAGAACUUCUUCUUCAUUGAGGUGGGCCGCUCCGCUGUGACAGGGCCCGGGGAGUUCUGGAUGCAGGUGGACGACUCGGUGGUGGCCCAGAACAUGCACGAGACCAUCCUGGAAGCCAUGCGGGCUAUGAGCGACGAGUUUCGCCCCCGCAGCAAGAGUCAGUCCUCAUCCAACUGCUCCAACCCCAUCAGCGUUCCCCUGCGCAGGCACCAUCUCAACAACCCCCCGCCCAGCCAGGUGGGACUGACCCGCCGGUCCCGCACCGAGAGCAUCACCGCCACCUCUCCGGCCAGCAUGGUGGGCGGGAAGCCCGGGUCUUUCCGCGUGCGCGCCUCCAGCGACGGUGAGGGCACCAUGUCCCGGCCAGCCUCGGUGGAUGGCAGUCCUGUGAGUCCCAGUACUAACAGGACCCAUGCCCACCGGCAUCGGGGCAGCUCCCGGCUGCACCCCCCACUCAACCACAGCCGCUCCAUCCCCAUGCCGUCUUCUCGCUGCUCACCCUCGGCCACCAGCCCCGUGAGCCUGUCCUCCAGCAGCACCAGCGGCCACGGCUCCACCUCAGACUGCCUCUUUCCCAGGCGCUCCAGUGCUUCGGUUUCAGGCUCCCCCAGCGAUGGCGGUUUCAUCUCUUCUGAUGAGUACGGCUCGAGUCCCUGUGAUUUCCGAAGUUCUUUCCGCAGUGUCACCCCGGACUCCCUGGGCCACACCCCACCAGCCCGUGGAGAGGAGGAGCUGAGCAACUACAUCUGCAUGGGCGGCAAGGGGGCCUCCACCCUGACGGCUCCCAAUGGUCACUACAUUUUGUCCCGGGGUGGCAAUGGCCACCGCUACCUCCCCGGAGCUGGCUUGGGCACCAGCCCGGCGUUGGCUGGGGAGGAAGCCGCCAGUGCUGCGGACCUGGAGAAUCGGUUCCGGAAGAGGACUCACUCAGCAGGGACGUCCCCGACCAUCUCCCACCAGAAGACGCCCUCGCAGUCCUCCGUGGCGUCCAUUGAGGAGUACACGGAGAUGAUGCCUGCCUACCCGCCAGGAGGUGGCAGUGGAGGCCGACUGCCCAGCUACCGGCACUCCGCCUUUGUGCCCACCCACUCCUACCCUGAGGAGGGCCUGGAGAUGCACCCGAUGGAGCAGCGUGGGGGCCACCCCCGCCCAGACAGCUCCGGCCUGCACACCGAUGACGGCUACAUGCCCAUGUCUCCAGGGGUGGCCCCAGUGCCUGGCAGCCGAAAGGGCAGCGGGGACUAUAUGCCCAUGAGUCCCAAGAGCGUGUCGGCCCCUCAGCAGAUCAUCAACCCUAUCCGCCGCCAUCCCCAGAGGGUCGACCCCAACGGCUACAUGAUGAUGUCUCCCAGCGGCAGCUGCUCCCCGGACAUCGGAGGCGGGUCCAGCAGCAGCAGCAGCAUUAGCGCCGCCCCUUCCGGGAGUAGCUAUGGGAAGCUGUGGACGAAUGGAGUUGGGGGCCACCACUCUCAUGCCCUGUCUCACCCCAGGCCCCCUGUGGAGAGCGGUGGCAGCAAGCUCCUGCCUUGUACCAGCGACUACAUGAACAUGUCGCCAGUUGGGGACUCCAACACCAGCAGCCCCUCUGACUGCUAUUACGGCUCCGAGGACCCCCAGCACAAGCCCGUCCUCUCCUAUUACUCAUUGCCAAGGUCCUUUAAGCAUACCCAGCGGCCUGGGGAGCCGGAGGAAGGUGCCCGGCACCAGCACCUCCGCCUCUCCUCCAGCUCUGGUCGUCUUCUCUACGCUGCAGCGGCGGAAGAUUCUUCGUCCUCCACCAGCAGCGACAGUCUGGGUGGAGGUUACUGCGGGGCGAGGCCGGAGGCCGGUCCCCCGCAUCCCCACCAUCACGUCCUGCAGCCCCGUCUGCCUCGAAAGGUGGACACAGCUGCGCAGAGCAACAGCCGCCUGGCCCGGCCCACCAGGCUGUCCCUGGGGGAUCCCAAGGCCAGCACCUUACCUCGGGCUCGGGAGCAGCAGCAGCCGCCCCUGGUGCACCCUCCAGAGCCCAAGAGCCCAGGAGAAUAUGUGAAUAUUGAAUUUGGGAGCGGCCAGCCUGGCUACUUCUCUGGUCCCAUGGCUUCCCGCAGUUUCCCUUCUGUCCGGUGUCAGCUCCAGCCGGCUCCCAGGGAGGAAGAGACUGGCACCGAGGAGUACAUGAACAUGGACCUGGGGCCUGGCCGGAGGGCAGCCUGGCAGGAGAGUAGUGGGGCAGAGACGGGCAGAGCGGGCCCUGCUCCCCCGGGGGCUGCCAGCGUUUGCAGGCCUACCCGGGCAGUGCCCAGCAGCCGGGGGGACUACAUGACCAUGCAGAUGGGUUGUCCUCGCCAGAACUACGUGGACACCUCACCAGUCACGCCCGUCAGCUAUGCUGACAUGCGGACAGGCAUUGCAGAGGAGGUGAGCCUGCCCAGGGCCACCGUGGCUGCCCCCUCUUCAUCUUCGGCAGCCCCUGCUUCCCCCACAGCACCUCAAGGAGCAGCUGAGCUGGCGGCCCACUCCUCCCUGCUGGGGGGCCCACAGGGACCUGGGGGCGUGAGCGCCUUCACCAGGGUGAACCUCAGUCCCAACCGCAACCAGAGUGCCAAAGUGAUCCGCGCGGACGCACCAGGGUGUCGGCGGAGGCAUAGCUCCGAAACCUUCUCCUCAACACCUGCCGCCACCCGUGCGGGCAACACGGUGCCCUUUGGAGGGGGGGCUGCAGUAGGGGGCAGUGGUGGCAGCAGCAGCAGCAGCGAGGAUGUGAAACGCCACAGUUCUGCUUCGUUUGAGAACGUGUGGCCAAGACCUGGGGAGCAAGGGGGUGCCCCCAAGGACACGGCCCAAGCUUGUGCAGCAGCUGGGGGUUUGGAAAAUGGUCUUCACUACAUAGACCUGGAUUUGGUCAAAGACUUGAAACAGCGCCCUCAGGAGCGCCCCUCUCAGCUGCAGGCUCCUCUUCCCCCACCCCCUCAUCAUCCCCUGGGCAGCAGUGAGAGCAGCUCGACCAGCCGCUCCAGUGAGGAUUUAAGCGCCUAUGCCAGCAUCAGUUUCCAGAAGCAGCCAGAGGACCGCCAGUAGUUCAACUGGACAUCACAGCAGAAUGAAGACCUAAAUGACCUCAGCAAAUCCUCCUUUAACUCAUGGGUGCCCAGACUAUUUCAUGAUUCCCAACCAGGACCUCACAUCUUCCUCCUCGGUAGAUGGUACGACGCAUCCAUUUCAGUUUGUUUACUUAAUACAAUCCUCAGGAGUUUGUUGACUGAACUGCAUGUUCUAUAUUGUGCCAAGCAAAAAAGCACUGUGACACCAGAAGAAUGAGUCUGCGUAAGCUUCAUCUUGAACCUUAAGGACUUCUUAGCUGGCUACAAUGAGCUGAUGUGCCCACCAUCAUGCCACAGGAGAAUGGGUUUCCUCUCACUGCAUUUACAAGAUAUGUUUCAUCUGCUACUGAAACUGUGUUUGACAAAGCAUCAUUGUAAAUUAUUUCAUAUAAUAUUGUUCAUGUUGGGUGGAGAGAGUAUUAAAUAUUUAACAUAGGUUUUGAUUUAUAUGUGUAAUUUUUUAAUGAAAAUGUAACAUUUCUUACAGCACAUCUUUUUUUUGGAUGUGGAACUGAGGUAUACAAUGUUCUGUUGUAAAGAGUGGAGCAAAUGCUUUAAACAAGGCUAAAAAGAGUAGAAUAGGGUGUAUCCUCGUUUUAAGAUUGUAAUUCAGAAAAAUAAUAUAAUAAGAAUCAUAGUGCCAUAGAUGAUUCUCAAUUGUAUAGUUAUAUUUACUGAUACUAUCUCUUGUAAUAUAAACUUGAUGUUGAGCUGAGUUCCUUAUAAGAAUUAAUCUUAAUUUUGUAUUUUUCCUGUAAGACAAUAGGCCAUGUUAAUUAAAUUGAAGAAGGAUAUAUUCUACUGGGUAUUUUCAAAUGUCAGCUUAAAAUUGGCUAUUGAAUGGAAGAAAAGGAAAUCAAAGUCUUCCAUUGUAUAUAUUGUAAAGAGAAGGCAACCUGGAUGAUCCCAUCAAAUUGAAAGCUCUCUUUGGAAUGAACAGUGUGGGUGUUUGUAAAUUCUGGAAAUGUCUUUGUAUUCAUAAUAAACUAGAUAUGUUGAGCUUUUCUUCUCUCCUCUCCCCUCCCCAACUUCUAUAGACUUUCUGCUCCAUUCCCAUUUUUUUUCCUUUGCACACGUUAUGAUAUUUCAUUUCCUGCAUUAUUAUGAGAAGGAUUUUAAGACAAGCGAGUGCUUGCUAAACAGAUAUUAAAGUUCCAGGAAAAAAAAAAAAAAAAAAACUUUGAAAGAAAACCAUGACCAGGGCUACAUGUUAGUGUCUUUAAGACACUUAUCUCGUGUGUUCUGAGAACUUCCAGUGUUACAUUAUUUAACUGGAUAUAAUUGGCCCGUUGGCCCUGGUGCCUGCUGGCCUAUUAGUGCUUGGUUCAUAAAACACUGUACAGAGAGCACAUAAAAUCAUAAUGACCUGCUAUCAAAACAUCAAAUUAGCAGUGAAAAUGUUAAUCCUUUUCUUGUUUGGAAAGUAUACAGAUCUUGGAAUUUUUCCUUGUAAAACAGAAAUGGCAGUGAACACAUUUAAAGAUAUUGCCUGCUGAAUUUUAAAUCUUUUUGCCAGGAAGCCUCCUAAAGGUUAAGUGAAUUAAUGCAAAUAUCAGACUCCCUCUGAGUCAGUGUGAACUCUUUAUCAGGCAUUGCCAGCCCUGCUGUUGAGAGGAGCAACAUUUUCUUUCUGGGAAGGAUUGAGCCUUGAAUGGGGCUGCCGGGAAGGAGCCGGGGUUAGAGAGCAUUGCAGUGGCUGUUGCCCUGAUCUACUAGUUGGGGAGCCCUGCUCCACUCAAAAGGGAGUGGAGAUAAGUGGAACCCCCAUUCCACUAUCACCUGUGUUACUGCUUAUUCAACCAGAUGGCAUGUACCUCACAGACUGUUGUACAAUGUUCAUUGUUGCGGAUUUUAAUCAUUGCAUGCUCAUCAACUUCUAAAACAGGUCGGUAGUCAUAAGAAUCCAUUGUUUUCUAGGAACUUGCUGAAUUAUAUCACUUCCUAUUAGUACAGAACACCAUCAGUUUUGAAUAUCUGAUAUGAAUGUUGGUUUUUUUACUCCCUUGUAAAAAGAAAGACUUUCUUAGGCAAACUAACUUUUAAUUUUUAAGCAUUCUGAUUCACACUCCUGCUAGGGUAAGAACGCAAGCUGUCGUACUCUCUUCCAUUGAGGACUUAAACUAAAGGGAAAAAGUCAGUCCCAUGCAUUUUCCUGUAGAGCUGAUUAUUAUUUCUCAAAGAACCUAGACUUUGAAUAUGUAUUGCCAAGAUACCUCUGCGUGUGGAAUUAUCAACAAAUCUUUGGAGAAAACAAAAAUGAACUGACUGGAAAAUCCGUCUCUCGGUUUUUGUAUCUGACAUUUUGUUGAGUGAAAUAUCAUAAAGGUAGAUCUUAUUUAAGCUGCUUCUAGAUGUGCCCAAGCUGGGUUUGAGGGCAGUAUCAAACUUUACUGAUUUAAAACUGGAAGUUGCUGGUACUCAAGCCAAAAACCCACGCACAGGCUACUCGAACGGUUUACUUUGAACACAUCAGCUGCUAAGGCCUUGUGUUUGGUUCCUAUUGAAGACAGUUGCCUGUCAUCUAUUUCAAAGUAUUUGUGGGCCAGCCAACAGCUUACAUUACUGGGGCUUCUAGUAGAAGUUAGUGGCUUUUUCUUCAUGAGACCAACCUUUCGCAGAAUUCUUCCUUAGAGACUUAGGCAGAGUUUUAAAAUUCUCCUUUGUGAAAAGAACAAAUGUUUCAUGGCUUUGAUAUCUUCAUUCUGGGCAAAAGCAUAGCCCAGGUACCAGCUGGAAGUAAGGAGAAUCCAUUAAUGAUCAACCACCUGAGUCAAUAAUGACAAAUCAGUACCAAUGUUACAUGUUUCUUGCUAACUUUCAAAGGUCAGGGACUCUCUUGACUAAUCUACUGACUAGCAAAAAAAAAAAAAAAAAAAAUUCAGAAUCAUCUAGCUGAAAGUAAAGAUUUUUUAACAUUUCUUUGCCUUUUGUCUUCUAGCAGUUUUUAAAAUGUGAGACCUAAAGUACUAGAAAGCGAUUGUCUUAUAUUGUAAGAGGCAGUAGUUUACAGUACUGGAGCCCUGUUGUAUUCAUUCUUGCAUCCUGGGUGCAAUGUACCAUGUAAUUGGAAACUUCCAUUUUAUUUAUUACAGGUGGUUUAAGGAUGGAGGGAGGAAACUUGUCCCCCGUUGACAAUAAGAGCCAUGAAAAGUAGUAAGGCUGUGCAGCACUGUGACAUUGGUGACAGUGAUGGUAUAUCCAGUCUCACACUGCUCUGGCAGGGCUCUCUGGUUGGUCUAUCACACAAGAAGACCCAGAAACCAGAUAUGGAGAAAGUAAGACCUUGAUUGAGAUGGUGAAAAGGACCCUUUGGAAGGGACGCAAAGGAGGAUGGGUGGAAACCAACUGCAAACUCGAUGACGUCUUUGCAGCAACUUGAUGGGAGUCAGUGUUCCCAGGACUGGGUGAAUGUCAGUCGGAGGUGGUGCUGUGUUCUGUAUGUGGGCUGUGAGAAACUUGGAAGGAAGAAGCAUGCUCUUCUAGAGGUGUGUGGAAGUACAAACCUUACCUGGACUGAAUCGAAGACCUUCAUCCAGGCUGUACGCUUCGAUACAGAGAACAAAGUCAGUAAACCAUCCAGGGUUUAAUGUUGGUGCCUUUAGUCAUUUCUAAAGCCAAGCUGAGAACAUUUUUGAGGUCCUUUCAUACAUAUCUCUAAAUCUGUCUGCUAAGUGUCACUACAGGGUGUGUGGGUCAGGGAGUGUGUUGGGUGUCUCUCACUGCUUGCAACCGGAGCAUCAGAUUGGGGGGAGGUUGAAUGAUAUUGGAAGCGUUUGGCCCUACUCUUAAAAGAUUUGUUAUUCAUAAACAGCGUAUAAUUAGCUAAUAAAAUUAGAAAAAUGUAUGACUUAGAGGGAGCGUUGUCCUCCUUUCCUAGCUUGUCAUUGGCAUUUGUGAUGUAUACACUGAGAGAUCUGGUGUGACAGCCUUUCACCGUUCGUUCACCUGGCAUUUAAAUCUCUCAUUGCUUCCGCUGUUCUUUUCCCCAGUGUUAACCAAAAUGUCAUAUAAUAGAAUGAAUUCACCACACAGGAAAAUGUGUCUGUAUUUCUGUAGACAUCUUGAGUGCAUUUCUCUUUUCUUUUUAGAACUUUGCCAUUGAUCUGAGAAUGUAGUUCUCGGAACAAAUUUUUUUUUCUUGCGAAAGACUUUCCUUACAUAUCUUGGCUACAGGAUGGGCCAAAUGAACUACAUAUAUAUUUUCAUUUACUGUGUGUGCAGUUUGGUUUAUCAUCCGAAGCUGGUGGUGCUGCUCAUAGUGCUGCUUUAUCUGUGUACAAGAGACCAAGGCACGGUCUGUAUUGCUACCAAAACAUUUACUGUAUAUAUGUGUAGAACAUACGUACUAUGUAUAUAUGUAAUGGGUACCAGGCCAGGGUUAUAUUUUUUAUUUAGAAGUGUUUCACUUUUCCAAGUUUUCUUUAUAGUGUUGUGCUUAUUUUCAUUUUCUUCCCCCCUGAAUCUGUCUGGUACUUAGAACUGUAGUGUCUUCAUCAUUAAUUAAAGAAAACUGUCUAAAUGAA